CUCAAUGUUCCGGGAGACCAUGCUUCCAGUGACCACCGGUGACCCUGACAUGGACAGGCGUUAGAAGGCCACCCGAAUCCGGUAUUGAUCCGGGAUCCUCCUCUAUCGAGUCUGCUUCUCUGCCUGGGACCGCGACUCGAAACCUCAUUCAAAGCAGUCGUGGAGCCCUAACGCGCAGCAAGCCACAAGGCCAAGAUGAGAGACACGGAAAGAGCAAAAACCAGAGCUGCAUUGCCCGCAUCACGACUCGACCAUCUGCACUGUCGUAACUUGCCGUCACGGACGCUGUGCAGUGUCUUCUUUGAGCCUGUGCAAUGUGCAAACACCGCGGUGACCACCCUGCACGUUAACACCCAAUUCUUAUAAGAAACAUCGUCGCUUUUCCUGUCCACAUUGUAUUGUAGGGUACUAAUUUAUCCACACAGCACUUCUGCAUCACUUUAACUGGUCCCCUGCUUUCUUAACUGGCACGCGAACAGGUGCAGUGCGUGCAACUGCAUGACAAGAAAGCUCCUUCAGACAGGCUUGUCUUUAAUCUUAAGGCCUACAUUUUUUAACACAGUACGUCCUUUAGCCAUCGAACACAAACGCAUUGUACAAGUUACAGCCGUGAACUUCCACGACUGUAACUUAAGAGCUUGUUCUUUUUGUCGCUUAUUCCUCGAAACUGUGUUUGCUAAGAUUCGCACGAGUUGUUACAGCGAAUGAUAAUGAAAGGAGGCCUGAAUAUAGUUGAAAAAAAACGAAGUGAGCUCAUAAUGUUAGCUCAGUUUAAGAACAUUUGUUUAUCCCUUGCUUUAACUUGAAGAACGUUUGACGACGAUGUGUUGAAGUUAACAUCGCUUUCUUGAACGCGCGAAUGAAGAGACACACAAUACCCGAGCAAGGUGGAAGCCUAAAGGUCACUUAUAUGAAUGUCUCGAUUAUCUGACACCUCUCGUAUUGAAAUCCUGACCACUGCUUUUCGCGUUUGAUUGCAGUGAAAUUAAUUUAAUGCUUCAUUACAAUAAUAGAUGACGCUGUGAUAUAUGCGAAAAGGCCGUGUACAGUUCAUGGACAAAAUUGUCGCGCCUUUGGCGGCCCGCAACGUGGCUUUCUUUUGAAAUUUCAACGUUUUUGAGCGCGCUUGCAACGUAUCUACUAGCUACUCUUAGAAGUUUGAAACUCUGGGAAACAAGAAAAAGUUAUGACUGUCGUAAAGUUUCACUGAGCGCAACGAAGAUUUAUUUCGGAAGAAAAUCGAAGCACGUGAAGUCGUUUGUUGACUGGGUACAUUGGUUCAGGAACGGGAAGCAUGUACCGACAUCACGUAAACGUAAUUGCACUUUGGCAACCAUUUGAAAGUGACAGCGUCCAGGACAGACAUAUCAGUCAAAGAACAAAAGCUCAAGCUAGAAGUGCUUCGUGAUACAGCUCGUCACCAAGGGCAAGCAAGGCUCAAGAAAUCCAGUCCUCAUUGUGUUCAAUCCACGGGCUACUCUGUGUGCGUGUGUGUGUUCAAGACUGUGCGCAUGCCUGCUUUUCAUAAGGGAAGACAUGGGCUGUAACCUAAACCAGUGGGUCUAAUUCGUCUUUGUUCGUGCCAGUUUCCCGGCGAGAGAUCACCACGAGCGACCCGACAUCAAUCAGUAUUUUAAGAGUGUCUCCUGGUCCGAAGGACUGCCCGGAACUCUACUUGCGUGUUUCGAUCGCACUGCGAGCUCAUCGACAAGGAAGUAGACCUAAAACAGCCGGAAUGCAUAGACACUAUGACAUACUGUGUUGUGAGCGAUCUGCGCCGUUCUCCUGUUGGGAACAUUGAGUUGAACUCCCAGUUUAACUGACAAAGGCAUCGGCUUCCGCUCUGACGAAAUGCAUCAGUGUUUGCCCAAGUGAAUCCACAGGCUCUCACUUAAGCCACGCUGAGGACUUCGGGCUGCAGUUCCACUGCGGCGCGUUCCUUUCAAUCUCGCAAGACCGAACGUGAAACGUGCGAAGUGUUCGGGUCUCCUUCUUGUGGUUGUUCACCCACGAGAUGACCACAACGGGACUCAUGGCGGAGGCUAUUCAACUUCUUCUCCUGUCCCCGCUGUCCACCUUCUCCGUGCUCGUGUGGCUGGCAGCGCUGCUGCUACACGCCCUCUCGCCGCGCCUGGAGCCCCGCGGAUCGAGACCUCGGCUGGUCGCACGCGAGUCGGACUUCUCCCGCUUCCUGGCCACGGCGAUUCCUGCGCUGACGCAGGCCUACGCGCCGCCGGCUUGGGCACGGCACCCGACCAUUCAGUCGCUGCUUGCGGCUACAGUGCUGCGGCGAUCCACGGAGGUGCCCUUCUUCAGGACACAUUUGCAGCUCCGCGACCGUGGUCUGGUGGCCCUGGACUGGGCGGGCAGCACACCCUCGGCACAGCCGGCCAAUCCGGACGAGGUGCUGCUCAUCGUGCUCGUGCUGCCCGACCUGGGCCGAGACCCGUGCAGCGUGGGCGACACCUGCCGGGCCAUCUUGGCGCGGGGCAUGAGGGCUGUGGUGCUCACGCAGCGGGGACACGCCGGUUGCCCGCUCACCACGCCGAGGCUGCAGGCGUAUGGCGACCCCGGAGACCUACGGCAAGCGGUGCGCUUCCUGCGCGCCCAUUACGGUCGCUGCCGCGUGGCCGUGCUGGGUAUCGGGACUGGCGCUGACUUGCUGCUUGCCUACCUGGGAGACACCGGCUCCUCGUCGGGUCUACUCGCAGCCGUCGCCAUCUCGCCGCUCUACGAGCCCGAGAAACUGCUCGAACAGUCGCCCUGGCCGAUCGGCGUACUCCGCCGUCGAGCGCUGCAGCGCAUUGUGGCGGAGCACGGCGGCGUCCUCUGCCGGGCCGGCUACUCCUCGAGCUCGGCGGCGUCGGCGGCCGUAGACGUGGAAGGAGCGCUGUCGGCUACCAGCUGGCCGGACGUCGAACAGAAGGUGCUGUGGCCCGCAUGCGGUGCCAGCAGCGCCGCCCAGUAUUGGGAGCGCAACGCGCCGCUGCGCGACGCCGACGACAUCGCGACGCCGCUGCUGUGCGUCUCCAGUGCGGACGACCCCGCGGUACCGGAAUGGGCGCUUCCCAUGGAUAUCUUCCAGAUUGACCCGCAACUCCUGUUGCUGCUCACCGAGCACGGCGGCCACGGUGGUUUCGUGGCGGGCCUUGGCUGUUCAUCGCCGACAGCACCCAGGUCCUGGGCGGACGGCGUAGCACUGGGCUUUAUCGCGGCUACCUUGGACUUCACUAGCCGCGACGGACGGCUACGCAAGUGUGCCACCCGAUGAAACCCGUCAGAAGUAUCCAACGACGUCGCCCGUGCAUGAACGCUCUGUUGCCAGGAGUCAACGCCGACCUUGUGGCCCAGGACGUUUUGCCGCGAGCACAGACAUUGCCUCGUCAAUCGUACACGAGCACGCGUGACCAGGACGUUUCCCUACACCGCACAAUGACGAUAGCUGAGAUUAGGGCGGUGUGAACGUUUCCUCGUCGGAAUUCAGGGGAAUCCCGCUGAGAAUCUCAAAAAAUUCGAUGGGGCGCCCCUGUGGAGCUUGGUGAUGAACUCCUUGAGUGUUCAUGCGAAUGUCUCACUAACUAUUUUACGGUGUUAAAGAAUUCCGAAUCCUCAUAACUUGGGCAUGAAGCUUGUGAGAAGUUUGAUGCAGGGAACAGCGUGGAAAGAAAAAACGAAGACGAAGCAGAGGAACGAACAACCCUUACAAAAUAUAUUUAGACAGUCUAUAGGCCGUCUAAAGAUGGGUUAGACAGUCUAUAGACUGUGUAAAUUGAUUUUUGUAAGGGUUAAUACACAACAUGCUUCUGCUUCAUCUUUCGCGCGGUUCCCUGGAGCAAGAUGCUCAAACAACUAGCCAACAAGUUCGCAUCGUGAGAAGACUGUUGCGAAGGUCCACAAUCUUUUGGUGUUGCCGCGCGGAGCACCCCAGUGUGUCGUACAUUACUUACGGAGCUGAUGGCUGUCGGUAAGCUUAUUUUUGAACUCUCCUACCAUGACACGGGAGCAGGAACCAUCGGUAUCCACAUCAGCCCAUUCGCAUAGCUUUGAAGCUUUGUUAUUGAAGCGCACUGCUGUACAGACAUGACAUCUGUGGUUUCGCGCAUUGUUUGUUGCUUGUUCACGCAAAUUUCACAGCUCCGCAGUCAAUGCAUUGACGAUUCAUGUAUUCGUCCAUUAUAGUGGAAACUGCAGUUUUUUCCCUCCGUUUUUUUUUUUGCCUCCAAACAAACACUUUGCUUGUUCUCGCUGAGCGGAGCUUGUACUUGUUAUUGUUAAUAUUAAAAAAAAGCACUGUUACCAUUGCAAAGGAUAUACAAGACGAGAGCUAUCACCUUGCUUGUUUUUUUAGUUUAUUGUUAUUUUUAUCUACAAGUAUCUAAUAGUCCUUGAAGAAGGCAUUGGGUAAGGCAGGGCCGUAAGUAAGGGGUGGGGGGGGGGGGUUGUUGAGGGGGUUCUGACAUCACCCGAAAUUUUUUUCAUUCUUUAACUUUUCGGGUGAUAGUCAAAUAUUUGCAUGCCUUCACAGCAACCACGAGUUGCAAAAGUUGGCCGUUCUACACAGAAACACCCCCCGAAAAAAAUUCCUGGGUAUGGCCCUGGGGUAAGGGAGGAGGUGUGGUUAUACAGUCGUAAAAUGUCCUAGCUUCGCUCUUGAAUAACUGAUGAUCUCGUGGUAUAAGGAGCGUGCGUAACGGGUAACCAGGACCCUAUGUUAAAAUUGUGGUCGGACAACCAAAUUUUUAACAUAUGGUCCUGUUUACCCGUUACCAUAACAAUAAUCUUAAAUUUCGAUGUCUUCAAUUUAAAACUGCGAAAUUCUACCCACCAUAGGAGAGAAAGCUAACAGCACAGACUUCACUGAACGGUGCUUAUUCCGAUUUUUGUGGCACUCGGUAACAAGUAAACGCUUUUUGAAGGCGUGGGACUCUGCGCUUGAAAUGAGAUCAAUGAAACAGUUGCUCACUUAGUCCUGCGGAGCUUUUUGUGAGCUCAGCCUUUGUCAAAUGUCUUCAAAUAACUGUUCCGUGUGAUCAGCCUAACAGUAAGCACGUUCAAACCUGUAAGUAUGUUUGCGCUUCUCGCCGCGGAGCUGGUCGACACUGCUUGACGGGAGCACCGUAUUGGGAGCGAGUACACGAGAAGUUACAGUAUCCAAAUACCGUGCAUCGUAACUAAAACUCUUAACACCCUUGAAUCUGGCUGCUUUGAAGGAGACAAGGCCACUUGUCGAAACACUGACUCCAGCGACACCUCCUGUUGAAGGAUAUUAGCUUCCCUUGAGCUUCUGCCUCGUUUGGCUUGCUACCCUGAAAGACACGGUAAACAAUUAUGCGGGAACCAGCGGAAGAA